GACAGAGGGAUUAUAUAUUAAUAUCCCGUCCCCGGACUCCGUGUAUAAAAGAGUAGUAUUCACCAGACAUUGUUUUCUUGUUCAAUCUGUUCUACACCCGUGCCUCUCCAUUUUGACCUUUCAUAUCUUCCUCCUUUUCUCCUCUCUUCCUUUUUAACUCUUUUAGAAAACAUUCCUUUUCAUCAUUUUCUUCUUAUACUUCAAUCUUCAUUUGCUUUUUGCUCAUUAUCCGCAAUUAUCAGUACUUACUCUGUCUGUAAUGGAAGAUCGCAAGGAUAAUGAGAAAAAUGCAUCAUGGCUAUCUGUUCCGCAGUUUGGAGACUGGGAUCAGAAGGGAGCAUUGCCGGAUUACUCGCUUGAUUUCUCAAAAAUUAGAGAAAUGAGGAAACAGAACAAAAGAGAUCCAUCAAGGGCUAGUCUAGGUAAUGAAGAAGAUUUCAUCAAUCCAACUGCUCCUGCUAACAUCAAAACAGCCGAAGUUGAACCCCAUUUCACUCAGAAUCACACCCCAACUCCGAGAAAGAGCUUCCUCAGCUAUUUCAACUGCUGUGUAAGAGCCUAAGUCUCACGAGACCAAAGUCGAGCUCUACAAGACUACUAGUCUACAACGACAAUGUAUUCUGUAUGCACCAACAUGUAUCUAAAUCUACUUACUAUCCGGUCGCGCCCUGCUCUGAUUUUCAAAAGGGCCUGAUUUUGGUUGUAAGUAAUAUCAAUUAUGUACUUUGCUUUGGCCAAUAUUAAUGUGUCUCUCAAGAUCUCACAUCAAGCAAGAAGUUAAAUUUGCAUUUUUAUCCAAAAUGUGUGACUUGACUCUUCUCAUUUGUCUAUACGUGUCUUGAAUCUGUUUGAUCGUCUUAAUAUAAGUUUUGUUAAUAUUAAUGUUCUAUAAUUUAGUUA